UUUGCACAGUUCACAAUCUUCACUUGCAAUUCAUACACCGACGGAAAACGAACGCGUUCAGUUGACAAAAGCAAAGUGCUCCCGAAAACCUUAACAAACAGGAAGCGUGGUGCUGGGUAAAAAGUUUGCAAGUAAAGUGUGUCCAAUUCUGCAAAGCCGGUGCUUUGUUUUUGUACAGCCAGUGAGGAAGUUUAUUUCUUUUGCUGUGUGAAGAUGGUUUUGGAAAAGGAAAACUUUGCUGAAAACAUGGAAACCAUCAUCAAGAACACUCGCAAAGUACUGACGGAAAGUGGAGCUAACGCUACACCGACCAAGACGCCCGUCCCGAUGGAGGAGGAGGACAAGAAAGUGGCUGCAGGCGACGCUGAUGCCGCAGUCGAUCCGAAGGAGCUGGCCAAGAAUGAACUGUCCGAGGUGCACAAGCAUGAAUCGGCACCGUUCGAUCCGUCGAUCGAACCGCUGCUGAGAGACAACCCCCGGCGGUUCGUGAUCUUCCCCAUCCAGUAUCCCGACAUUUGGCAAAUGUACAAGAAGGCGGAAGCUUCCUUCUGGACGGUGGAAGAGGUUGAUCUGUCCAAGGACAUGAAGGACUGGGAGACGCUGAAACCAAGCGAACGUCACUUCAUCUCCCACGUGCUGGCCUUCUUUGCUGCGUCCGACGGUAUCGUGAACGAGAAUCUGGUGGAACGCUUCAGCCAGGAGGUGCAGGUUACGGAAGCGCGCUGCUUCUACGGCUUCCAGAUUGCGAUGGAAAAUGUGCACAGCGAGAUGUACUCGCUGCUGAUCGACACGUACAUUCGCGACUCGAAAGAGAGAGAGUUCCUGUUCAAUGCCAUCGAAACGCUGCCGUGCGUGAAGCGGAAGGCGGACUGGGCGCUGAACUGGAUCUCGAGCAAGAAGGCCAACUUUGGCGAGCGGGUCGUGGCAUUCGCUGCGGUUGAGGGUAUCUUCUUCAGCGGUAGCUUCGCCGCGAUCUUCUGGCUGAAGAAGCGUGGCCUGAUGCCGGGACUCACCUUCUCGAACGAGCUGAUCUCGCGCGACGAAGGGCUGCACUGCGACUUUGCCUGCCUGAUGUUCAAGUAUCUGGUGCAGAAGCCGUCGAAGGAGCGCGUGACGGAGAUCAUCCGCGAUGCGGUCCUGAUCGAGCAGGAGUUCCUGACGAAGGCACUGCCGGUGGAUAUGCUGGGCAUGAACUGUGAUCUGAUGUCGCAGUACAUUGAGUUUGUGGCCGAUCGUUUGCUGCUCGAGCUGGGCUGCGAGAAGAUCUACCACACAAAGAACCCAUUCAGCUUCAUGGAGUUCAUCUCGCUCGAGGGCAAGACGAACUUCUUCGAGAAGAAGGUUGGCGAGUACCAGAAGUGGGGCGUGAUGGCCAACCGGCUGGACAACGUGUUUACGCUCGAUGCGGAUUUCUGAGCACACACCCACAACGCGUGCGGGGAAGAAGAUCCCAACGAUAGGCAAAUAGAGCGAGGGAGAGAGUGAGUGUGUGCUGUGCGUGAGCCAUGCUUUAGACAGAGGGGACACCGCAUCUGGUAUGCGUGUACCGUCGUGUGUGUGUGUAUCGGCGAGGCAAAUAUGUUGUGUGAUGAAGCGCUUAAUUAAGUAUGGCUGCGGAAGUGGGUUAGCACUAGUAAUACUAGUAAUUCUAUCGACCAUCCCAUCGGUUUUCAUGAUGGGGGUACUGUUUCUAUUUUAAAAUGAUUUUCUUCGCUUGACUUGACUAUCGUAAACAUUUUGAGACAAUAUUUCGGAAGGCGAUGCAAUAGAGAAGGUAGCAAUAGUACGUGGAGACACAUUUCCCCUACAUUGAGCUUUGUUUAAGGGUAUUUUAGACGAAAAGAAUGCGCAUCUAUAAGUUUAUUUUAAAUCAUUUCUUUAAUCUAAACAUUAUACUAUCUCGUAAUUGUCUCUCAUCGAAAUCAUUUGUAGAGCCCGCGGCGCUAGGGGAUGCUAUAUGUGUCUUAUUUCACGUCUUGUCUUAGUAUAUGUUAGGACUGAUGUUAUCUUUCCCCAAAAGUAAUCGGUACACUGAUUCGGCUAACCAACUCCCCCCCGGUGUGUGUGACGCAAGUUGUGUUGAUUCACGACUGCAGAGGAGAAAAGAAUUAGAAAACACACACACACUUUUGACAAAACUGUGUUCUUAACUUCACGCAAGAACCACGUGUCGUGUGUGGAGUUUGGGAUACAAUGAAAUUGUAACGAUUGUAUAGCAUUAAUUGUAUUGUAAUGUCCCGCGAGAAGCACGUAUACAACGCUUAAAUGGAAUGGGUGCAUCCUUUUGAUGAAUCUACCACAUAAUAAUAAUAAUACUAUUAAUAACAAUAAAGGUUUUAUAUACAUGAAUGUUUAACAAAA